AUGACUUCAGUCCCCACAGCCAAGUGGAACAUGAGCACGAGCAGCAGGUGGAACGUGAGCCUUGUUGAAGCAGGUGAUCCCUGGGGACAGGCUCUGGAAGCACCAGCUGCAAAUGCUUCUGCUCCUGUAGCCUCCUCAGCAGGCAACUUCUCCAAUCAGUUCGUGCAACCUUCCUGGCGCAUUGCCCUGUGGUCUCUGGCUUACGGUGGCGUGGUGGCAGUGGCCGUUUUUGGGAAUCUUAUUGUCAUCUGGAUUAUUCUGGCUCACAAGCGCAUGAGGACGGUGACAAAUUACUUCCUGGUGAAUCUGGCCUUCUCUGAUGCCUCCAUGGCUGCUUUCAAUACUCUCAUCAACUUCAUCUACGCACUGCACAGCGAGUGGUACUUUGGAGAGGCUUACUGCCGCUUCCACAACUUCUUCCCAAUCACAGCUGUCUUCGCCAGCAUCUACUCCAUGACAGCCAUCGCUGUGGACAGAUAUAUGGCCAUUAUUGAUCCCUUGAAACCUAGGCUCUCUGCAACUGCUACCAAGGUGGUCAUUGGGAGCAUAUGGAUUUUGGCAUUCCUGUUGGCCUUUCCCCAGUGCCUAUACUCCAUAACCAAGGUGAUGCCUGGGAGAACUCUUUGCUAUGUAGCAUGGCCAGGUGGUCCAAAACAGCAUUUUACGUAUCAUGUUAUUGUGAUUGUGCUGGUCUACUGCUUCCCACUGCUCGUCAUGGGCAUCACUUAUUCCAUGGUGGGAAUUACCCUCUGGGGAGGAGAAAUACCAGGCGACACGUCCAACAAAUAUCAUGAGCAGCUCAAAGCUAAGAGAAAGGUGGUAAAAAUGAUGAUUGUGGUUGUGCUGACGUUUGCCAUCUGCUGGCUGCCCUACCACAUUUACUUCAUAGUCACUGGGAUCUACCAACAAUUAAACCGGUGGAAAUACAUUCAGCAAAUCUAUUUAGCCAGCUUUUGGCUUGCCAUGAGCUCUACAAUGUACAAUCCCAUUAUCUACUGCUGUCUUAAUAAGAGGUUCCGUGCUGGCUUCAAGCGAGCUCUGCGCUGGUGCCCCUUCAUUGAGGUGUCCAGCUAUGAGGAGCUGGAGCUGAAGGCAGCCAGGUUCCACCCCACGCGGCAGAGCAGCCUCUACGCUGUGUCCAGGAUGGACUCCAGCAUGACCGUGGUGUUGGACACCAACGAUGGAGACAGCGUGCACACCAGCCAUAAGAAAAGACCAGCUCCAAGGGACCUGAACUUCAAUGGUUGCUCACAGAGGAAUUCCAAGACUGUCUCCACGGCCUCAAGCCUCAUCAGUUCAGUGCACACAUCAGUAGAUGUUUAUUCCUAAACAUUUCACUUUGCUAGAAGGGCAACACUGGACAAUGUUCUCCUACUUUGGAACUCAGU